AUGACAAGUUCGAAUAAAGCCCGUCGGUAUUUACAACACCAUAAGCAGAGCUAUACAGAAUCACAUAAUAAUCAUCAGUCAGCUGCUGAAUUGUUAAUUAUCGAUCCAACAUUAGCUGUUACAACAAUGCGAAAAUUUCGUGGUAGAAUUCAACAGCAACAACAACAACAACAAUUGUCAACAACAGUAUCCAUCCCACAAAUUUGUGUAGAUAAUGACGAUGAUGAUAAUGACAAUAAUCAUAGAUCAAAUGAUGAUGAUAAUGGACAUGUGGCUAUACUUGAUGAAUUUGAUGAAGUUUUAGAAAAUGAAUUAAAACGUACAUCUGUUUUACGUACAUCGUCACUUAAACAAAAAGAAUCAAACAAUCAAAUUGGAAUACCUCUCAAUCAACAACGAAGUUUUUCAUUUGCACUUGGUUCUUCAACAAAUUUAGAUGGAAAAAAACAUGAUAAUGAUGAUGACGAAGAAGAUGAUGAUGAUGAAAUCCACAAUAAUAAUCAUAAUGAAGUAGUAAAUAAAUCAUCAUCUAAAUCCACAAAACCACCAACAACUACUAAAACAAGUCUGUCAAAAGAGACAUUUUCACGUUUACUGCAUUCUCUUGCUUUUCGUUCGGGGAAUCAUACAACAUCGAAAAUAACAAUGGCAAGAGCAGAACAACAACAACGUCCAUGUUUAGCUUGUCAAAAUCAUCCUAAUUUAGAUUUACUUCCUAAAUAUAAAAAACGUCCAUCAAUAUUUGGUGUUCUUGUUUCGAAACUUAACACAGGAAUAACAACAACAACAAUAACAAAUGAAAAUCAUUCGAAUCGUUGUUCUGUAUGUAAACGACGUUUAUCUAAAUCAACUUUUUAUAAUACAAUUACUCAUAAUACUGAUGAUGAUAAUCAACAAAUAUCAACAACAAAACAAAAUUUUUCAUUAUCAUCAUUAGCAACAUCAAAAUUACUUCAUGAUAAUGGACAAAUAUUAUCACGUACAAAAAGACGUCGAAGUUUACCAUCAUUAUUUCAAAGUCUUUUCGAUUUUGAUCAUUAUGAUAAUAAACGUCGUUUAGAUAAUACACAAAUACAACAUCGUCCAUCAUUUUCAUCUAUAUUGACUCAUACUUUACUUGAUAGUAUUACUCGUGAACAACAACAACAACAACAACAACAACAGCAAUCAAUUAGUAGUGUUAAACAAUCAUCAUCAAUUUCAUAUUCAUCUAUAUCACUAGCAGAAUCUGAUGAUGAUAGUAAAGAGAAUAUUUAUGAUAAAUCAUAUAAACGACAAUCAACAGUUUAUGAUGAUUCAUCUCAAUCAACUGAAAAGGCCUUUAUGCCUUGUUUUAUGCAGUUUCAGGUCCGUAUAGAUUCAGAUGGCAAUGAUGGAGAGAAAGACGAAUACGACCAUGAAAUGACUCUUGAUAAAGAAAUUUCUACAGGUGAAUUAAACGACUUAAAUACUAUGAUUAGUAACGAUUCAUCCAAUGAAAAUACUAGUAACCAACUUUUUUUGCAUCCACCUGAAGAGAAGACACGAAAUUUAUUAGUAAAUGUAUUUCGGACUCGUCGAUCAAAUGUUGCUUUGGGAUCAAAUGAAACAAAUAUGGUUGGUAAACAAUUUAGUGUUUCAGUGAUUAAUUUAGCAACAUCAAUUGGUUCAAGUCGAAUUAAUAAUCCUACACCAAUAAAUAAUGAAUCAACACUUUUAAAUCUUCUCGAUCAACGAAAGCAUGCUUUAUCAGAAGAAAAUUUACCAUCAACAGAUGGAUCGUACAUCUAUUUUACUAAUGUAAAUGGUCAAAAUUUUAAAGAACGACUUAACUAUUCUAACACAUCUGAAAAUACGACAUUAAGAGAAAUUUUAUUAAAAUUAUUCGAAAAACAUCAUCUCACUAUAGAAACGUGUAAUAUUUGUUUACGAAGUGCACCUAGUUUACCAUUGUCCUUGGACCAGUCAGUCAAACAUCUUCUGCUAGAUGAUCUUGUCGUUACAGGUAUACAAAAAAAACCUCAUCGUUUGAUUAUGUAA